GAUAAUAAGGGUAACAUUUACUUUAUAGAUGCGCCAGGAGGUACUGGCAAAACGUUUGUCAUUUCAUUGAUUUUGGCGAAAGUAAGAAGUCAAAAGAAGAUCGCUGUUGCGGUUGCCUCAUCAGGCAUAGCUGCGACUCUUCUAAGUGGUGGAAGAACUGCCCACUCUACUUUUAAGUUGCCACUGAAUGUGUCCUUGGACCAAAGUUCGGUAUGUUCCGUGAGAAAAAAUGGUGUUACUGGUAAACUUCUUCAACAGGCAUCCUUGAUAAUAUGGGACGAAUGUACGAUGUCGCACAAGUCCCAUAUAGAUGCCGUCAAUCGAACUCUUAAAGACUUGAGAACAUCAGAAAAGGUAAUGGGUGGGGUAACAUUUGUUUUUACCGGUGAUUUCAGGCAAACUCUGCCAGUGGUGCCUAAAGGAACACGUGCGGAUAUUAUGAAAGUAUGCAUGAAAAAAUCAGAAAUUUGGCAGCAUGUAAGAAAACUUCGACUGAAUAUUAAUAUGCGAGUUCAUUUACGAGGAGACAAGAAUUUAGAACAAUUUGCAGAGUAUUUGCUUAAAAUUGGUGACGGCUCUAUCUCUAUAACGCAGAAUGGCUACAUUAACAUUUCUGAUAUUGUAGGAACUUGCGUCCGAACUAUUGAUCAAAUUAUUGACAAUGUUUAUCCAGAUAUUCAGAAUUUAACACAAAAGGAAACAAAUUGGUUUUGCGAACGUGCAAUCGUAACUGCAAAAAAUACAGCUGCAGAGGAGAUUAAUGAAAUAGUUUUACAAAAAGUCACCACAGAAUGUAAAACAUAUAAGUCAAUAGACACAAUGGUAAAUGGAGAUGAAGUCAUCCACUAUCCGAUUGAGUUUCUCAAUUCUCUUAACCCUGCAGGAUUGCCUCCACAUAAACUGAAAUUAAAAGUUGGUACUCCGAUAAUGCUGCUUCGGAAUCUUAAACCACCACGGCUUUGCAACGGACCUGCAGCCGGUGAAAUAGCAUUAAUUCCAAGAAUACCUAUGGUCUCUACAGAUUUGCCAUUUGCGUUUAAAAGGCUGCAGUUUCCUGUUAGAAUGUGUUUCGCCAUGACGAUUAAUAAGUCACAAGGACAAACCUUCAAAGUAGUUGGCGUAGACCUCAGAAACGAAGUCUUUUCACACGGCCAAUUAUAUGUAGGACUCUCACGAAUUGGUUCAACAAAGGACCAAACAAUACUGAUUCCUGAUGAGAGCAAUAAAACUCGCAAUGUAGUUUUCACAGAG